UAUACCUUUUUUGUACAGAGUGUGUGCAUGGCACCAACGCACGGGUUCAGGGAGAAGAAUGUGUCAUCCGUCGUCGUCGUCUUCGUCGUGAAAAUCUGUGGGUUCAACUUGCGACAGCUACGUAAUACUCGAACAUUGAAGAUCUUGAACAGGCUGUCCGCUACGCGUGUAGAACUCCACGCGUGUAGAACUCCACGCCAGCCGGACUUAGAGCCAUUUAAGGAAGUAUUUGCGCCUCAGUGUCCCAGACGGAUCUUCCAUGACCUGGCUAUGACAGUGUGACUUGCGGUGUGCCCUAAAUAUGUGUCCAGGGCGAAGCUCGAUUGUGUGUCCUAAAUUCUGAAAACGCCAAUCAAAUAGCAUUCAAUUAGUGGUACUCUGACCAUUAGGGAGUUAAAGCAAAAAAGAAAAAUGAGGAAGUGUAUUGCAAUGUGAAUCGAAAAGAGGAGACGGUUCUUAAAUAUUUUUUCGUGUGUCUGCGUUUGCAGCGACUUCUCUCAGUCGCUCGGUAUAUCCCAUAUAUUCUACACGUAUUCGACCGUGAAUGGUUUUAACCUUCUUUUCAUUUCAACUUCUUUCAGUGCAAUUGUAGGAAGUUGGAUUGGAAUUUAUCGUGAAAGCAGGAUCAUUUUCAAGGCGAAAAGAGUGUCGUGAAUUUCGUUUGACAAGAAUUAAAGAAAGUGCGAGUUGAGGAAGGAAAGGAGAGCACAAAUAAAUUAGUGAAAAAGAAAGGAAAAAUAAAAUCAUUUGCCGUUGUUUCACCACAGGAAAAUCUGUUCAAUGAAGAGAGGAAAACGAAAAGUGUAGAAUUUUAUUUUUGGAAAUCGUUAUUAGUGUAUAGUGUGUAGUAUAUGUGCUAUACACAUGUGAGUAUCGCACAUUCGUGUGUAUUGUACCCAUUUUUGCUCGCAGCGACGUGUAUUAAAAAUACCACAGAGCUCUGCAUAUGCAUGCAUACCAUACUACUACUAAAAGUGUGAAGUGAAGCAUGAGAAAGUCUCAUUACUUUCCCUGAAAAUACGAUAAUCAUAGCAGCAGAUAGCAACUUUGGAGAUUGAGAAGGCUCCUGGAUUAAACGUGCAUCACAAGCAGAUUUUUCUGAAAGUUUGUCGUUGGAAAGAUUUGACUCGUAAUUAGAGAUUACGGUAUUACGGGCGCCGGCGGCGAUUAAUGCUUUAUUGAGCUUGUUCUUCAUUGAUGGAAUCAAUUUCAACUGCACAGGAGUUUGCUUUAAUUACAUCGGAUAACCAAUCAAAGGAAACGAACUGACGGUCUCAAUUCAUCAGCUCGUGCUUUCUGAUCAACAGAAUCGACGACGACGACGACGCCGUCGAUAGCAGCCACAAAAUGGUGAUAGGAGAAGCCACCGGGAACGCUCCCAAUGGGGAAGCUGUGCCCCCACCACAGUCACAGCAGUGCGCUCCCCAGAAAGCCACGAUUGAAAACAUAAUGAGUGGAAUUGAGAAUACAGGGACGGUGAAGAUGAAUAAUCACAGGAAAAAACUACGGCAGCGAUUUGAUAUCAUAAAGAAACUGGGUCAAGGAACGUACGGCAAGGUGCAAUUAGGUAUCAAUAAGGAAACCGGCCAAGAGGUUGCAAUAAAAACAAUUAAAAAGAGCAAGAUUGAAACAGAAGCCGACCUCAUACGGAUACGAAGGGAGGUGCAGAUUAUGAGCUCUGUACAGCAUCCCAAUAUCAUUCAUAUUUAUGAAGUGUUCGAAAACCGUGAGAAAAUGGUUCUAGUCAUGGAGUUUGCUGCGGGUGGAGAGUUGUACGACUAUCUGUCCGAGCGGAAGGUACUCUCUGAGGAGGAAGCCCGUCGCAUUUUCCGCCAAGUGUCCACCGCUAUCUACUACUGUCACAAGCACAAAAUUUGUCACCGUGAUCUAAAACUAGAGAAUAUCCUGUUGGACGAGCAUGGAAAUGCCAAAAUUGCCGAUUUCGGGUUGUCCAACGUAUUUGAUGAGCAAAGACUGCUGGCGACGUUUUGUGGAUCUCCACUGUACGCCUCGCCGGAAAUUGUGAAGGGAACUCCUUACCUUGGACCAGAGGUGGACUGUUGGUCGCUGGGUGUACUGUUGUAUACCUUGGUGUACGGUGCAAUGCCAUUCGAUGGUGCUAAUUUCAAAAGGCUUGUGAAACAAAUCAGUCAGGGUGACUACUUCGAACCGAAGAAACCGUCACGUGCAUCUCCGUUGAUCCGGGAAAUGCUCACGGUGUGUCCCCAGCGACGAGCAAACAUUGAGCAAAUUUGUAAUCACUGGUGGGUGAACGAAGGUUACGAAGGGUCAUGCUUGGAUCUCGCCGAAGAACUUGCGAAUCAGACCCCUGUACGAUUGGAUGUGCUGCUCUCGUUGGCGCCACCAUCCGUAACUGCCGAUCAGGUAGUUGUGGGGAGUGGUCAAGAGGAAGCUAAGCCUAAGGAAAGAAUACAACGAAGUCAUUCGGUUGGUUCCAUCAUCGACAUGGGUGGAACGGACGCCGAACGUCGAAUAUUGGAUAUGGUGGCAGCAGGAGGCGAAGCAGCCCUUAUGCCUUCACCUACUCGAACCAUUACACCCUCCGAGAGUAGUCCUGCUCAACCGAAAAGGAAACUGGAGACAACAGUUUCAACAGAAAAUGCCACUGGUGCGGUUAAGAAAAAAGAAAAACCAAUUGAUAAACUUAAGCCAGAUCAUUCGCAUCCUGUGAUUCCUGAAGUGAUAGACAUGGAACACUCACCAUCUCCUCGACCUGCUGAACCCCAAAGCAAAGCAGACACAAGUCCUGUUGAGCCAUCAGAAUCAACCGCAAGCACACCUACCGCUGCACAUGACGUGUUACUGGAUCUUCAAAAUCUUGAAAACUUGUGCGACGAGCUGCUUCAAGAAACUGCCACCCCACCGACAUCGAAAGCGGCAACACCGGAAGAAUCCGUACCAACGGUUCAUCCCAUUGCACCCACACCAAAACCUGAAACUUCCGCACCACCAGCACCGGUCACGUCUGGUGUCAAAGCAAGACUGGAGAAACUCGAGAAGGCUGACAAACCCGCUGAGAAGGUACCGAUGAAGAAAGUAUUUAAUAAAAAUAAAACCGCGGAUUUGGCCGCGGCCAUCAAUCAGGUGUCAAAACUGGACCAAGAAUUUGCCCAAGUCAAAUCAGCUUCGAACCUGGAGCGCAAGAAUAGUCUUCCUGAGGAGAACCUCACUAAACCCGUCGAGCGACGAAAGUCGCGAAUUUUGGAGACUGCUGAAAAGUUCCAGAGCAUGAACAAUCAAAACAACGAUAAGUUUAAAAAGUUUUCGUUACCUGGUAUCCCCACGGUGGGCAACUACAAGAAGGAAUUUGAACGUAAAACUUCCGUGAAUAGUUCCUCCAGUGCACCAUUCAAACCGUCGCCAUUUGAGAUGCAACGACGUCUCGAGCAAGAGAUGGCAUCACCCGACCGGAGCUAUCCUAACAGUGAAGCUGACCUGCAAAGUCCCGUUUCGUACGGCGACGACAGAUCGGUUGAUCGCGAAGCCAAAUUUGAAACGGACGAAGUUCAGGAAAGCGAUUCAAAGAGUUCCGUUAGCAGCUUUUCACUUGAAGAAGCUCGCCGGUCGAUGGAAAAUUCGAUUGCUCUUUUGAAUAAGGUGCGCCCGGAUAGCUCUAUGAACCCGGUUGAUCAGCUGUGUGCCAAGACGGAAAAUGUUUCAUUCACCGAUAGUAAUGAUCGCGAGAGAAAGCUGAAGAAUGCACGUGAGAUCAUUGGAAAUGCCAUCCCCAUUGGACGUCUGCGGAAGCCUCCGAUGCCAUUCGGAGCCAACGGACGUUCCGCCACCGGUGGUAUCAGUCUGAACACCUCUCUAUCCAACAAGCAGUUCCGCCUUGGUUCGGAAGGACCCGAACCUAGGUUUGACACCAUGUCGGUACCUAGAAAAGUGUCGGUUGGAAGUGUCCCCACGCCAUUGGUAGAUGAUACUAAAACAUCACAUGCUGAGAUUACACUUAAAUCCGCUACGUUACCGAGACGGAAAAUUGGAGCUCAUGGAGAUCAACCAAUUAAGGGUGAUCCGCAGGCAACACCUCAACCGAUACGCUUUUCUACCGAAAUGCAGCAUCAAGUGCCGGAUCUGCGCAGUGCCCCAAUACGGGAGCAUCCGAUUGCAUUCACGGUACAGCAACGUGCCAACAGUUUGGAGCCGCAGGUCAAGGAACAGACGAUUCCCGUCCAAAAGCCUCCCACCUACCAGCGCACGCUGUCCAACGCAUUUGGUCCUUCGACGGCACGUGGCUCACUGUCCCGACAGUCGACCAACGAGUCCAACGAUUCGGACACGACGCUCUCCCAGAGUGGCCAAAUGCCACCGUUGCCGGGUAGCAGUAGCAGCACGAUGCCCAUCAAGAAGAGCCCGCGAGAGUUCAUCAUCCCGAUUGCCGUGGAGGGCGGCGGAUUCGUUACACCACGUGCCAACAGCCUCGAACCGUCCGAGUCGAGCACAACAAACACAUCGACUAGCUUCAGUACAAAGCAGCGCCUCGGACGUCCAAGAAAAAUUGGCUCUUUGCUCAGUGAAAAAGAUUCCGAGGAAGACUCUUCGUUUUCGCGAAUCAAUCGUCACACGUCCUUGGGCCGUGAGAGCGACUCUGAAGAGCCACGCUUCCACACCAUGCAUCGCCUGAGGAGCUCGCGGCCAUCGCAACGUGGCACAGCUGAACCCAAUGACUCUGGCAGCUCGGGCGAGGAAGACGACGACGACGGAUUCGAAAUAUUGACCGCGGAGAAUCUCUUCUCAACGCUGCUGUCGAGGGUUCGAGCUCUCACCAACCGAUUGAAUGUGAAUGAGCCAAACACAAGCAAUUUCCCAUCAUCGCGCUUUAUGAGCAACUUGAGACAAACUCAAGCACCGUUCUGGCAACACCACGACCCGUUUACUAGCCGUUUGAAUGGAGGAAACUCAAACGCGUGGCGCCACAGCAUGUCCCGUGAUCUCAGUUCGGAUAUCGAUUCCAUGUUUUCGCGGUCGGGAGCAACACUUCCCAGAGGAACUAAAUACAAAUCACCAAACAAUAAUAACAAUAAUAUUGGCGUAUCUCAUAGCAAGUUCAACAACAUUAAUCAAACAAGCACAAUAUCUAGUCGAAAUUUCAACAGCAAUAGUAGUAGAUCUGAUACAUAUCAGUCAUGUUUUGAGAAUGUUAGCAAUAGCAAAAACAAUGUACUUAACAAUAACUGUUUAAACUUAGAACAGAAGUCGUUAGAUCUGCUUCAUGAAAGUAGCGAUCAAGUGUUAGACUUGGGUGAUCUCGACCUAUCGCAGCUACGUUUGUCCAAGAAGGAUUUGGAAGCCCUCUCGAGUAUCACUCCUGCUCUGUCUCAACAUUUGCAGGAUCAGUUGCUCGCCCAGCUUCCGCCACAGCAAGCCAAAAAACUCUCAAGAACACUAUCAAUGCAAAAUGGAAAUAACGCAGCGAACCGACUUUACAAGCGAAGUCUGAGUAGCAGUGCCAGUCGUGCUACUACAGCGGAUACUUCUGAAAGCUAUCAGCCAUCCGAAUCACGUGAUAGCGUCACUCCGACGAAUGAGUUGUACUCGCAAAAGCGAUUCAGCAACAGCAAAUCAGAACGAAACUCACGAAGCUCAAGUAACUCGAGGGACGUCACAUCUCCUCCACCCCUCCCUCCGCCCACAUUCAACGACGACUACGGAACUUCAUCUUCUCGUUUUCCAUAUACUAACGAGAAUCAUGAGCGGUUCCGAACGUACGAAAAGUACACUCCAUACUCGAUAAACCCGUAUAACGACAUUCCCGAACAAGAUCAAAGCAAAUCUUUGGAUUUCGACAAAAGAGCCAGUUAUUACGACAGUUCACGAACUUCCUGUCUUAGUCCAACUGGGGAAGGUUACGGAAGACCACCGAUUGGGUGCAUCUCACCACCUCCAAACUCUUCCUCGUCCGGUUACUCGAGCCAACGUUCAACCACGCGUCGUAUUUCCAGAUUUUUGCGUCCAGAUUUCUUUGAUCCACCGACCGAUUCGAACGAGCAGGAUAAGGCUAAGAAGGAGCAGGAAACUCAAAAAGUCUUGCGCGAAAUACGAGAGAAAAGUCGCGAGAAAAGCGUCGAUCGACAUCACAAUUUGGACUGUAAUAUUGAAAAAAGCUCCGAUCGGUUGAGUUACUUUAUGGAAAAAUAUCGCAAAGAAAACAUCGGCGAUGACAACAGGACUAACGAAACGCUGGAAUUGUUACGAGAUGCUCGAGAUUCACGGAAUCGUCGAAGUAUCUCAAAGCCUCGAGAUAUCGUAGAUUCGAGCGUCGCCAUAAUGAAUAAGACCGACUCAUUCACAGACAAAAUUUUGGAUGAACUGCAAAACUUGACGAUACGACAAAAAUCGAUGCCAACCAAGAGUAAAAGUAAGGAACUUAUUAUCGCAGAUACAGCGUUGGAAACCAAUACUAAACGAAAUUCGUACGAAAAUUGUAUUGAAUGCACGAUGAAUGCCAAACAGCAGGAUGACCCUCUGCUAGAUGAUCCAUUAACAGAACCUAUUACGACUAAGGUGGUCAAAGUAAAAAAAGUUAAAGCAAAGCCAAAACUGGAUGCUGACGGGAACCCUAUCACAGUGUCCGUAAAGAAAGUGAAAAAAGUAGUCAAACCAGUUACGGAUGUUCCAAUCAUAGAGACAAUCCCCGCUGACACUCCCAACGAUGAUAAAAGCGAGAAAAUUAAGACUAUCAAAAGAGAGUCCAAACUUAUCCGCCCUAAAUCGUACCCUUGCAAAGAUCCGGAAAAUGUAAAGGUCGAAAAGCCGCCAACGGAUCAACCUGCUGCACCAGCUGAAGUAAAAGCUUCUCUCGGUGCGGAUUCAUCACAAUCAACAACAACAGCAGCAACGCCGACAAGUAAAAUUGCUAGACCGAAAAGCUUUCCAAGUUCGAAACUAACCCCACCCAAAGAAAUUAAACUGUUGAAAAACAUAAUCAACGAAGAACAAAAAUUGGACGAUAGUUCUGGAGUGAAAGAGCCAACUCCACCAAUAACUGCAAUUGCAGUGAAAACUUCCACCAAAGUGGCAGCAGAUGGUCAAACAGCAGCGACCACACCUGAAGGAUCAACUAAAAAAGUUCGUAAGGUUAUUCGCAUUGUGAAGAAAUCUACAAAAAGUGAUACAUCCACAAAGAGCAGCAGUGAGGAAAAUAAGGCCACGACCAUCGUCGAGGUUAAAGAGCCUAAAGAGAAAAGUGUGACAAUAGUUUCACCAACUCCCAGCGAAAAAACGGUCAAGGAUAAAUCAAAGUCACCGGAAAAGAAACUGAAGCAAGGCUUUCUAGCUAGUAUUGGGCAAAAGUUUGAAAAGUUCCGCGAAACGAACAAAAGCAAUAAAGAGGCAAAAAAGGUUGCAGCUGCAGAUAACAAAACGCAAGAGGAAGUUGGGGAAAGCGCCAGUCAAGUCGAAGUGACGAAGAAGGAGAAAAAGAAAAGUCCAGGUGCAACGAACGCAGCUGCAAACGUACCAGUUGAAGUAGCUGCCAAGGAUGAAGCUGGCACUAACAACCGCGAGUCUAGGAUCGACAAAGUAAUACGAAACUUGAGGGAAUUGUCAGUACCGAGGGCACCGCCUUUAACGGAGUCUAACCUGAUAAAGCGAGCUGUAAGCGUUGAAGAGAUGCCCGGAACGUUUAAUAAAUAUGGCGUUACAAAGGUACUAGGAUUCUUCAAAAAGAUUGAAAAGGAUACCAAAAAUAAUAAAGUUCUUAAUACAAAGUCAUCUAGUCAUAUCAACACUAUGGACACAGCAGCAACAUUGAAUGCGCUGGAAUCUGUCAUCAUCGAACGCACCAACAAGCUGGUGCAGGACGAAGAGCAGCAGAAGGAACGGCCAAAGUCCGCAAACUUUGUGAGCAAACUACGCAAACCGUACAAUGGAACGAGGAGUGACACCGUGCUGACCAUGACGGAGCAGCAACAGCCGAGUAAGUCGAGUAUUUCAAAAUCAGACAAACUGAACGGUGGAAACGCAACAACGAAUAUUCCCGUAAAGUAUAGCUGUCCUGACUGCAAUAAGGAAGAUUCUAAUCAUGAAAACACUAGGAAGCAUUCCUCUACACUAUGCGAUACUCGAAACCUCUCGUUGGACGAGACCGAUCGCGUCAAAACUAACCGCAGAGCUUUGACCCUGGACUUUAGCAAGCUUCAAGACGGUCGAAAAGUUCGAACCAAUAAUAACAACUACAGUUACCCUCCUCCAAUGCCCAGUGAAAUGAGCUCCAUGAAUGGUACAUCUACUAGCAUUACCAGUCACAACAAAAACAACAACAACUACAUAAACAUGCUUACACCUUCGUACGAUAGCAUCACGAAUUACUCUUCUGGUUCUAGAAGUAGCCCGUACGACGAUUGCAACUCGUCCAGCACAUUCAUGUCUCCAUCCGAAGAGCACGAGCUUUACUUUGACAAUUGGUCAAUCUGCUCCGAUGAUCACAACAAUAUGCUUAGCGCUUCGCCUUCCGUGUCGCGACUCUCCAGGCUAACCUAUAUGAACUCUGUCUCUCCGGUAGAUAACGAUUCCGAAAGUGUAAUCGAACGGAUACGUAGAAAAAGUUUCUACUCCCGAUUUAACGACAACAAGUCGAAGAGUCGUGUUAGCACUCUCAUGGGAUCCGGUUCUUCGAAGGAUUGCUACCGCGAGUCAUCUCUUUCCAGAGGUGGACCGUCGUCCACUCGGUUGAAAGAGUACGGUAAGUCUUCAUCUACUUCGGUAGCGGGCGCUCUGGCAAGUGUUGAUCGUUCCAAGAAUGCCUACGAUUACUCCUACCGACUACCGAUCGCUAGGACAUCAAGUGCCAGCAAAAACAAGUACACGGGUACAACAACAGAUGACCAUUCAAAGUCUACAAAAGCAGGCAACAGUGACUACUACCAUCAUCAUCACUACCCACACUACUCCACCAGUAACGAUUCUUCCGAUAACAUUAACUAUAACACUGUCGGUAAAUCCACCACCUUUAAAAAUACGUAUUUCGAAACCUCGUCACCACCGUAUUACGCUACAUACAAUCCGAGACGGCGUUCAUCAUUCAACACCAGCAACACAGCCACAGCCGCUAAUCUUGCUUCAUCCUCUUCAUCAAUAGCACUAGAUUCUUCUGCCACAGCACCAUCGGUGGCAAAGGAGUACCACCGGCGUGAUUCCACCGUGACUGAUGCAUCGACCUCAUCGGAAGGUGCCAGUGGGCUGCGUAAGAUCCGCCCGUACGACAACCGAAGCAUUUCGAUGCUAAACUCGUCCUCUUCAGCAGCAAGAGAUUCGCGUUAUGGUGGAUAUGAUGGCACAUCGAUGACCAGUGAAAACCGUUUAAGUCCGGUCCGUUCCGUAGCCUACAAAAGCUUUCAUCUAUGCCUGAAAAUUGCUGCCAAAUAAACGACCCAUGCUCCUCUUUUCCCCUACUUCCAAAUCAAUUCCAGAAACAGUCGUCUCAGAAAUCCAUCAAUACCUCGAAACCCCACCAACGUAUGAUCGUCAGCAUUCACUGACGAGUGCGGUAUUUACUACAAUUUCUAAGGAUUUGAAACUUUAUCGCGAUCAAAUUUGAAACAAUAAAAUCAAACAAAAAAGUAGUGGUUAGUACAUUCAACGAAAUCAUUCAUUACUACAGAAUAGAGUUUUACACAACACGCAAUACGAGGAAAAGGAGGAAAAAAAAGUUGGAAAAGCAGAAUCAAUGUACAUGUGUGUUGUUUGCUGACGGAGAACCGUUUACUUUAGAAACUAGCAUUUUAAAACGUUACUUAGUGAAAAUAUUUUCCAUCGAAUUUCCAAUUAAGAAAGCAAAACAAUGAAUGGAACCGUCAAGCUUAUGAGAGGGAGAGAGACAUGAACAAGACAGAAAGGAUUUUGUACAUUUAUUUAGGUUUUAACGUUUUAAAAAAUUUAGCACGGAAAAAAUAUUAAAACUAGCGAAUCUGAAUCGAGAUUUUAAAAUGUUUUAGAAAUAAAUUUGUAAAAACAUGGAAAUAAAGUUAGAAGUGUACCAUGAA